AUGUCUGCCAUGGAAGUGCCAAGUCUUCACCAUAAGACAAUGAAGGGCAUUGAACGCAAGGUUGGGAAGCAUGUUCGAGCUGUUGCAAAAGAGUCCUGUACAGAGGCACUGCAGCAAGAAAGGCUGCCACUUUAUGUGAAACAAGAGACUACAUCAGACCAAACAGCCAAAGGCCAAUUCAAAUAUGAUAUGGGUUGGCAAAAACGUGGUUCGGGAAGAUCAUAUGAUAGCAAGUCUGGGGUUGGAACUUUAAUUGGUAAUCGGGCAGGCAAAGUAUGUGCGUACGGUGCUCGCAUAAAAGAUUGCAAGACAUGUAACUACCACAAAGGAAAGGGACCCGUUCCAAAACAUCAGUGCUUCAAGAAUUGGAAUGGAAGUUCAAAGGCGAUGGAAGCAGACGUUGGUGGUGAGCUUGUAGAGGAAUUUGAGAAAGAAAAUGUCAAUUGGUGCGGUUACCACCAGGGCCAACAGAGCUAUAAACACAAAGGGUUGCCUUAUGGAAGGCCCCUCACUGGUGACAGUUUGCGAGAAGAUAUGGACGCUAUUUUUAGGGUUUUCAUUGCAAAUUCUGACAAAAUUGCGCCAGGUGGAUCAACAAAGGAUGUUGAAUCAUUCAACAAUAUGGUCGCUACAAAAGCACCAAAGAGAAUGUAUUUGUCUAGCUCGGACAGUUUAUUAAAUCGAGUUGCAUGUGCUGUUGCCCAGAAAAAUGAUGGCCAUUCCUAUAUCAACACUUUGAACAAUUCUCUUUGCAUGUCCCCUGGAAGGCUGAUGGCAGAACGUGCAGAACUGAAAAGAAGACGAAGUGCGAAGUGA